AUGUUCAAACUCCUGAUCUUCGCCGCUCUCCUGGCUUUCGCUGCAGCUAAGCCUCUGGUGUUCAGCUACACCGCGCCGUUAGCGGCGGCUUAUACCGCACCGGUGGCCGCCGCGUACACCGCUCCCGUUGCGUACUCAGCGUACAGUGCCUACUCGCCCGUCGCGUACUCUGCUUACCCGUAUUCCUCGCCCUAUGCCUAUUACAUC